UCCACCUUUGGCCUUUGGUUGAGACUUGAGAAUUGAGAUCCAAGGAAUUGGAACCCCGUGGCAUUCAUGUCCAGUCCACGCCUCCGCGGUACUGAUUGCAGGUAACUUUUCAGUUGGAGUAACUCGCAAAAAAAAAAUCUGCUGGGGUACGCCGCGUACUAGAUCUUUCGGCAGGGAUGUUUCCAUGGUGUGAGUUGUUUUUAGAAGGUGUCCGGUAGUUGUGCCGUGAGCUACUGCGGAUGAGGAGUCCGGUAGUAUUAAAAUUUAGAUUCUUUGUGUAUGAUCAACCCCACUUGUUAAUCGGCUAGCAAGAACUGUUUUAAGAAAACUCUUUUCAAAAUAAAUCCCUGCAUGUCUGAAAUAUAGUUUUACUACAAAUAGACCACAGCCUUAUCCUUGAUUUAUCCUGAGCAUAUCUGAAUAUCUGAGUUACCCCCUCCGUGGAUGGGGUUGGACUUGUUGAGUACUUUCGUACUCCCCCGAUAUAUAUUUGUGGUUUUUCCUCAGAAGAAGAUCCAGACUACGCUGUUGAAGACGUUGAGUAGAGGUUGCGUCCGAACCCCAACCUUGCAUGUGGUGUUAGUCCUCUUGUCCACACCGCAGAGCUACGACACGGAGCGCAAGGCCCACGAGCUCAUGGAGGAGGCCUGCUCGGAGCUCACGCGGGUGGUGGAGGAGGACCAGGCGGAGGUGGAGCUGCUGCGCCGCGAGUGCCUGCGCAUGCAGGAGGACAUGGAGGAGGAGCGCCAGAUGCUGCAGAUGGCGGAGGUCUGGCGCGAGGAGCGCGUGCAGAUGAAGCUCGCCGACGCCAAGCUCGCACUCAAGGCCAAGUAUGCGCAGCUCGCCCACCUGCAGGCGGAGAUGGAGGCGUUCCUCAGGACGAGGACGAGGACGAGGACGAGGACUUGCUCGUGCCACUCGUCCACGCCCAUGCGGGAGGCACGCUUCAUCGUCAGCGAUGCCGCGGCUCGGCCUCGCGGGGGCGGCGGUAGCGGCCGCGCCAGCAGCCAGCACGACGACGACGACGAGGUGGAUGCGGAUUCGGUGUUCGAGCACUUCCGCUGCAAGGAGGAGACCAGCAGCCCCACGCCGUCGAACGCCAGCGCGAUGAUGCAGUCGCCGGUGAUUCCGGCGACGGACCUCUUCCUGGCAAAGGUCGACAAUGGGGGCAGCUCAUCCACCGACAUGGACAUGGACUACGACGGAGGCAGGGACUCGUGCAGCUAGUUGGGGACCAGCGAUCGCUCGGCUUCGGUGGCCAACGGGAACAGCGGCAUGGCGUCAGGCGCCAGCCGGCGGUUGUCGGUGGGGAAGAACACGGUGCUGAUACGCAGGCUCUGGAGGUCAGCCAUCGCCGAGGCUUAGCGGCCGGCAGCUGUUUGUCCGUCUAAAAUGGCACAAUCCAAUAAGGCAUGGAUUAUCCUAUAUUUUUUAUCCAAUAAAAUUCAAUCCUAUUGAGUCUAAA